AUGUCUCUGAAAUACACCAACAAACUGCAGGGCAAGCGGGUGGUUAUUGUUGGCGGCACCAAUGGCAUUGGGUUCGCCGCUGCCGAAGCAGCUGUAGAAUAUGAUGCAAUUGUUGUCGUGGCAAGUUCCAAGCAGGAAAAGGUCGACAGGGCUGUUGAGAGAAUCCAGAAAACAUAUCCGGGCGCGGGAGAUCGGAUUCGCGGCAAAACCGUGGACUUGAGUUCGGCCGAUGUGGAGGAGCAGAUUGUGGCUCUUUUCGAGUUUGCGACCGACGGCGGCAAACACAAAUUGCAUCACGUUGCAGAGACAGCUGGUGGGACCUUUGGUGUAAUGCCUCUGGCCGACGUCAAGCCAGCGGGCAUUGCAGAAGUCUACAAGGUCAGAAUCACCGGCUGCACGAUGCUUGCAAAGGUGUCUAAGCGAUACCUCGAGAUCAGCCACACAUCUUCUUUCACAUUGACCAGUGGUGUGAGCGACGCCAAACCGACAGUUGGAUGGACGGUUAUGGCGCCCAUUGGGGCGGGCAAGAGAGGGUUGACGCAUGCCCUUGCCAACGAUAUGAAACCUGUCCGCGUCAAUUGCGUGUGCCCUGGAGCCGUCAAGACGGAACUGUUUGAUAGUUUGGGGGGGGAAGGACUGAAGCAAAUCUUGGACUUCUACACGACCAGGUCAUUGAUCAACACUAUUGGUGCCCCAGAGGACCUGGCCGAGUGUUAUAUUUGUGUCAUGAAGAACAACUUUAUGACGGGGCAGGAGAUCACUGCGGACGGGGGAUUUCUGCUGUGCUAG